GGAUUUUAUCUGGACCCCAUGUCACAGAGCUCAGGUGACAAUUUUACCUCGCAGAUCCAUACCAGGCAGCUGCUGCAAAUCAGUCACUGAAAUUCCAAGGAAUCCACAAAAAGGUCUCCCUGAAAUCGCUCAUUAUGAAUAUUUCAACGGUACCAAUCUUCCUUCCAACUGCAAGCAGCCAGGCUAAUGGGACUAAUCACAGCGGGGCUGUGGGAAAGACAGAGCCAUCAUAUGCUGUCCUCAAGUUCAUGGAGAGCUUCUGCCUCAUCAGCGCUGCCUGUGGGAUGGUGGGAAAUGGCAUGGUCCUUUGGUACCUUGGCUUCCGCAUCCGGAGAAACCACUUCACUGUCUACAUCCUGAACCUGGCCGCUGCCGACUUUGGGUAUCUCCUCUGCAUCGCCAUUGAGACGGUUCAGUACCUGAUGCAGUUCAACGUGGGAGUGCAGUUUGGGAUAUUCCUCUUCCUCGACCUUUUCAUGUAUGGGACCGGCUUGUACCUCCUGACCGCCAUCAGCAUUGAGAGGUGCCUCUCUGUGCUUUGUCCAAUCUGGUGCCGAAGCCACCGCCCAAAGCUCUUGUCCGGCAUCAUCUCGGGUCUGCUCUGGGCUCUCUCCUUCCUACUGAACAUGCUGGGCUAUGUUUUGUGUACCCUCCGCCCCUCUGCCAGGAGCUGCCGGCUCAUGCUCAUCACCAUCGGAGCCUUGGACUUCCUCUUCUGCACGCCCCUCAUGCUGCUCUUCAGCCUCACCCUCUUCCUUAGAGUCAAGUGCAGCUCCCAAAACUUCCGAACAGGCAGGCUCUUCACCGUCAUCAUGCUCACCGUCCUCUUCUUCCUCAUUUUCGCUGUGCCUCUGAGCGUCCUCAUCCUCUUUGACUUCUUGGGUUACAAAUUCCUCUACUCCCCGGAGAUCGGCUUUGUGCUGUCCUGCGUGAACAGCAGUCUCAACCCCGUCAUUUACUUCCUUGUGGGGAGCUACAGGGAUCGGAGAAUCAAGUUCACCCUCAAGCUGGCAUUCCAGAGGGCCUUUGAAGAUUCAGCCGAUGACAAAGAUGAACGGGAAACCCGUGACACAAUGACUAUGUCCUCCUAGUACCCUGCUGUGCCUAACACAGUAACAUUGGUCUGGAGCUGACGGCCGAUAGUUUACAAAUUGAAGAACUCUGAGGUGUUGGGGAAGGUUUAUCCCACCUAACCUUCGAUAUCUUCAUUGUAGAUCCCUACCUUUUAGCUAGCGAUUUUAAGCUCCAUCUGUGGUUGGUGAAAACACAUAAGCACCUGGACCACAGAAUUUGUCUGACCUGUAUUAGGACCACAUUAGAAGUGCCUAUUUCAUUUCAGUGGCCAUUAAAUUAUUUCAAUUUGAUAAGAAGAAAUGUCUUGGUGUCUGCCUUUCAUCAAAGGAAUCCCGCUCAGAAUUUGCAGCUCACUCAAUAAAUCUCUGUAUUUCAGAGCGCAACAAUAUCGAAUGCAUAAAUUCUCAGUCACUUUUUACUCGGAUCCCUGAAAAUGAGAUGGGAACCAAUCCUCUUGUUGAAAUGAGUCAUGAGAGUUGCGAUGUAGUAGAAAAGGGCUCCAGCCCCUACCAACUUGCCUUACCACUUUAUGUACUGACUUGCACGCUCCCUUUUCUUGUGUUUCAAAGAAAUAUAGGGCUGGAGUUGCAUAUUAAUUUAGCUUCCUUCAGUCUGGGACAGAGUAUCUGCAUCUAACUACAGCAUGUAUUGAGUUAUUAUUUCUUCCUUUAAGAAGGACAGAUGAUAAGAACCACGGCUUCUAACAUCUCCUCUACCAACAGAAACACAUUCAAGGAUAGGGAAAAAAUAGGAAAUAGAAGAAAGGUAAAUAAAUACAAUUUUCAACAAAUUAUUCUCUAUACCCAAUCCCUUGAGAUGCAAGAUGUGAUUGUUUGAAGUGUCGUACUAUCAGACUAUGUAACAUUUGCUCUUUUAACCUAAAUUGACAGAAAAGGGCAAUGCAGGUAAUUUUCUUUGAGAAACCUUACAGAUUUCCUCCUCAUGCC